CGCACACCGGCACUCUCGCCACUGGAACCAGAGUUCGAUGACGACGUAGUCUUGGCUAGUCGUGCCGACUCAAUGAGAUUCUGCAGAGAUCGGACCAUGGGCGAGUCCUGUGCAAAUGUGCUUGCGCCGGUGGCUGAGGAGGACGCGAACCAACUCCUUAUGGCUCCCAGGGAGCAGAACUACCGAAAUGUUGCUGGGGAUAUUGCUGAUGGGUCUGAUGCUGUUGAUGCUGUUGUUGAAGAAGCAGAUGGGCAGCAGCUGCAUCAGCCAUUUUUUGCUGCUGUUGCUGUUGUGGGCUCGUCGUUGACGUGUUCGGAGUCGGUUGUUGAGCAAUCAAACCAGUGGCGCGUUGCAAAGUCUGCUGCUGCGCCUGAGAAGAGGGAUGUGCUUGGAGGAUGCAGCCAGGUGACAGAGAAGCAGCAGCUGAUGGUGCGAAUCUAG